AUGUCCUUCUUCGAGCUCAUGGGUUUACAGACUCUUGAUCUAUCUAGAAAUAGCUUUACUGGAGCAGUAAAACUAAGCUUCUUUUGGAAACUCACAAAUCUAAGUAACCUCUGCCUGUCAGCUAACAAACUGACGGUGAUAGUGGAUGAUGACCACAUCAGUUCUUUGUCUGCAUCACUCCCUCAAAUCAACUCUUUGGGUUUAGCAUGCUGCAACAUGACCAAGAUCCCAUCCCUAUUAAGGUAUGUUUUAGUAAACGACCUUGACCUUUCUUGCAACCAGAUUGGUGGAUCUAUACCUAGGUGGAUAUGGGGUGGCCAGGUUGAGAACGUAGAUGUGUUCAAGUUCAAUCUUUCACGCAACAAGUUCACUGAUAUAGACCUGGCUCUUGAUAAUGCCAGUAUAUACUAUCUUGACCUAAGUUUCAACAAGAUUCAAGGGCACAUACCAAUCCCAAUGUCUCCACAGUUCUUGGAUUACUCAAACAACCUCUUCUCGUCCAUCCCACAUUACUUGAUGGAACGAGUAAGUAGUACUUUCUUUCUGAAUCUGGCCAACAAUACACUGCAUGGAGGCAUCCCACCUACGCUCUGUAAUGCAAGCAAUCUCCAGUUCCUUGACAUCUCUUACAACUAUUUCAGUGGCCAUGUUCCAUCUUGUCUAGUAGAUGGACACCUGAUCAUCCUGAAGAUGAGACAGAACCAACUCGAGGGCACUCUCCCUGAUGACAUCAAAGGAAGCUGUGUUUCCCAGACGAUAGAUUUCAACGGAAAUCAGAUCGAGGGGGAGUUGCCAAGAAAACUUUCUAACUGCAACAACUUGGAGGUGUUCGAUGUCGGAAACAACAAUUUCAGUGGCUCGUUCCCUAGCUGGAUGAUGAAGUUGCCCCAGCUUAAAGUUCUAGUGCUGAGAUCCAACCGAUUCUCCGGCGCAGUGGGUGAAAUUCCUGUUGAGAGUGAUCAAAACAGGACUAGCUUCUUAAGCCUGCAAAUUAUUGAUCUAGCCUCAAACAACUUCUCCGGUACCUUGGAUUCACGGUGGUUUGAGAAGCUCAAAGCGAUGAUGGUCACUAGCAGGAGCGACGCGCCGGUAGCCUUGGAGAACAACCUUUCAGGGAAAUUCUAUCGUGACACAGUGGCAGUCACGUACAAAGGAACAUCCAUAAUGGUCAGCAAGAUCUUGGUCGCCUUCACCGUGAUCGACUUCUCCGACAAUGCAUUCACCGGUACCAUCCCAGCGUCGAUUGCAGGACUAGUGUCGCUGCGCGGGCUCAACCUGUCAGACAACGCCUUCACCGGAACGAUUCCUCCACAGUUCAGUGGUCUGAGACAGCUCGAAUCACUGGACCUCUCCUCCAACCAGCUUGAGGGGCAGAUCCCAGAGGCGUUAACAUCUCUAACCUCGCUUGCAUGGUUGAACGUCUCCUACAACCAGCUGGAGGGGAGCGUCCCGCAGGGAGGGCAGUUCCUGACGUUCACCAACGCUUCUUUCGAAGGGAAUGCAGGGCUGUGUGGCAAGCCGCUGUCUAAGCAGUGCAACGGUGGGCUGCAGAGGCAAAAGGUGGAGCGUCUGUUAGUGUGA